AUGAGCUAUGCUGAGGCGCUGAGGUGGUUGAGGCACUUUCUCCUCAUGCCUUGGGCGUCCUCACCACCAGAGGUACCGCCCCUCAAUUUCACAGUGCACAGUCUCAAAGCCACCAUGCUUUCCAUGUCCCUUCAAGUCAAUGUUGAUGAGGUUGAUAGGAAACGUCAAGGGCACCACCGCAUAAGCAGCUCCGCUCUUUAUUCCCGUGACGAUGUUCAUGGCAUGCUUCGGUGCCAAACUUGCAUUCGUGAUAGCAUUCGCACAGGCUUCCGAUUUUUGGUCCCCCAGCACAGAGGGGGGCAGCAGCCCUUGACGCCAGCGUAUGUUCCACCGGAAGCUUUCUCUAAGGACUACGAGUUUGAACCCUUCCAGUGGUUCUCGUUUCAACUUGAUGGCAGUGAUGAUUUACUUCAGAGCAGUAAUGGGAGUUGGGAGGUCGCAGAAAAUCAAUUAGUCACCCCUGAUCCAGACACAGAGGCGCUGGACAAAGAUCUCGUGUAUCACUCUGACCCAGGAUCUUCAGAUGAGAGCGAGGAGGAACCUUCGGCACCCCCAGCCGAGGAGCACAAUUUAGGUGAGCCCGAUGAAUUCUUGCUGGGCUCCUGCACCGCGGUGUUGCAUGUGCUCUGCCCUGCAGAUGCUUUAUCAGGCACACUUGUCAAUGGCACAUAUAUGCGUGCAAAGUGUGGUGCCACUCUUCCGGCCGAUCGGCUCAUGAUCCACACAUCAGUAUUAAGAAUUGUUCUAGCGCUGCAUACCAACAUUAGCCCUGCGUUAUCUUUGCUUGACAUGGCUGAAUCCGAGCUAGAGAGUGCACUGGCGAAGGAAGGCCUAGCAGCAGAGGUCAUCAAAGUGGCAACGGAAGGGGGCUGGACAGCCUCGGCUUUCAAACACGUCGUUGAAACCCAGGCAGAAGUUGAGGGAGCCAUCCCCGAGAUCUUCCCAGGUCAGGUUUUGUCUCGGUUGCAGAUUGCCCAGAUCAAAGCAGCGUGGGCGGGCAUGCAAGCAUCCAGUUCCUCUAGUGUUUCGCCGGCCCCAGUCAAUGCAGAUCCCACUUUGGAGACAUGGGUAGAGAGUUUUGCUCCCAAAAUUGCAUCCACGAAGCUGUCCGACAUGAAGCGCCAAUUCCUUGCAAAUUACCCAAGUGAGGUCUUGAAUCCAUCUACUCUACCCUCUUUGAGGCUGAUUUCCCUCGCAGCCCAUCAAGAGGCACGGUCGGAGUAUAAAUGGAUAGCUUGGAAACAUCGCAUGACGGAAGAGAAAGCUUCGGAGUUGUUGAUUGCCCGACCCCACAAACAGCCCAAGCUCGAAAUGCUGGGUCUUUCCAGCUUGCUCCUAGAUGAUCCGCCUACAAUCGAAGUGACCGAUUCCAAUAUGGGGAUCAGUGGGAUCCAGCGGAUCUUGGCAGUGCAUGACGUUGCGUUAGCCAUGGUUGGCUCAGCUCACCUUGCCCGCCUCAAAGCCUAUAGCUGCAAGUUUGUCCAGCUCGUGUCCCAGCGUUUCGACCCAGCAUCAGGACUGCGUGCACCGACAAUUCUAGAAGCGCAACAGGCAGAUUGUCGGAUUUGGCAGAGCAUCCAUUCUUUAGUCAGUGAGAAAGCUUGGAGCUUGAAUGACGCGUUGCAUGAGUUCACUGAAAUCAGAGGUGAGCUCAGUACUUUGCUGCAGGCUCGUCCGAAAGCCUUGUUCAUCCCCCGCGGCCCUGAUCUCAAAGGCAAGGGCAAGCAGGACAACAUCCCUUCACAGCCCAUGUUGGGUGGUGUCGUGUGCAACACACCUGGUCGUUCCAGGGGUGCAGUAACACCCGGGCAGGAGCGUUACUUCAGCGGCUCCGGGGGUGAGACUUGGAAUGCCUUGUGUGUCAGCAGGAACAUCUUGACGUCCCCGCACAAGGACACAGCAAAUUUGCCGGGGUCGUCAAAUUUGACAGUGGGUAUAGGUUCGUACUCGGAUGGAGGCCUUUGGGUUGAGGAUCAAGCAGGCACUGUGCCGCAGUUCAUCCCCAAGCUUGGGGUGACUCUCCCUGGCAAGAUCGUCAAAACGCAUCAGGCGCCAUUUAAGUUCCCCGUGCACCUUUGGCAUUGCACCCAACCAUGGCUUGGCGAUCGAUGGGUGCUGACGGCCUUCACCCUCCCAGGUGCUAUGUCCUGGGACGAAUCGUGCGUUCAAGGCUGGUUGCACUGUGGGUCCACAGCCCUCAUCGUCCUCCCGGCCUGCGCAUUUGGGGAGAACUGGGCAAAAAAUUGGUUGUUUGCAUCGAGCUUUCAAGCCCUGUCCGUGAUGGGGCAGACGUGUCAACACGGACGCAAUGCACACGAGUCCGUGCAGGGACGUGAGAGUGAUGGUUCGUUCAAAAGUCGUAAGACGGCUAAGUACCCUCAAUGCCUGGCUGAAGAAUUCGCGUUGCACAUCAGGUCGCCACUCUUGUGGGGAUUGGAGCACCCCAUUGUGCCAGGAUAA